UUUUCAAACGGGGAAGAGUUGGAGUUAUUCUGCGACCUCUUUCAGCAAGCAGGAUGGAGAAGUCCAGGAAGAUCUUUGUCAGUGUCCUCCUGUUUGUCAUGUCUGUGGAAAUCUGCUUGGCUCAACACUGGUCUUACGGCCUGCAACCAGGAGGAAAAAGGAACGCUGAAAACCUGGUAGAAUCAUUUCAAGAGAUUGCAAAUGAAAUGGAAAAAUUAGGAGAAGUGCAGAAGACUGAAUGCCCAGGCUCGUAUCAGCAUUCCAGGUUCAGUGAUCUGAAGGAAGCCAUGGAAAGUCUGAUCGAAGGAGAAAGGAGAAACUAGACGAAAGAAGAUUUAAACCCACAAAGCCGAAUGGAACAAUGGACCCAGAAUAAAAUUUCAAAGCUAUGUUAAAAUCAAUUCCUCUUCAAAUGGCCUUUGCUUAGAUUGCAUUAUGUGAAUAAAUGCUCUGAAGUUGCAUUUA